AUGAAAUGUGAGCCCGGGUGGCCGAGGACGCUGGAUCCGCUGCUCAGCCUGCCGCCAGACCGCCCCAGGGACAGACAAAGAGACCUCGGCCACCGCGCAGCCCCGCGCGGCCUCCCGGACUCCCCACGAAGGCUCCCAGCGCGAUGGCCCGGUCACCGCGCCACCCCGCGUUCCAGAGCGCUGCCCGCUCCAUCUGAUCGCCCCCGGGCGCCCGCAUCCCCUCCCGGUGCUGGCCUCGCCCUUGGCUCGCAGCCUUCUCUACAGACCGGUUCUGCUUGUCCUUCUGUCCUGGCGCGCCACCUCCGGCCACCGGCCUGGAUGGACACGCGGAGGGUGCCCGGGUGUCCAGGGGUCUUGCUUCCGAAGUUGGUCCUGCUCUUUGUCUGCGCAGAGGAUUGCCUUGCUCACUGUGGCAAAGACUGCAAAUCUUACUGCUGUGAUGGAACCACACCUUACUGUUGCUCCUACUAUGCCUAUAUUGGGAAUAUUCUUUCGGGCACAGCAAUUGCUGGCAUAGUAUUUGGAAUCGUGUUCAUCAUGGGAGUAAUUGCUGGAAUUGCCAUAUGUAUCUGCAUGUGUAUGAAAAACAACCGUGGGACCCGGGUGGGUGUCAUCAGGACCACCCACAUCAAUGCCAUCUCCUCCUACCCUGUGGCACCACCCCCCUAUAAUUAUGACCAUGAGAUGGAAUACUGUGCAGACUUGCCUCCUCCAUACUCUCCGACCCCAGCACAGCGUUCUCCACCCCCUCCAUAUCCUGGAAAUUCGAGGAAGUAA